AUGCAGCGAAAAAAAAAUAGCAAAGGCGGUAACACAAGCAAUUUAAAAUCACAUCUGCGUUACAAACAUCCAAAUUUGUAUUCAGAAUAUUUGAAAAUUGAUGGAAAUAGUACAAUUACUACAUCUGAAGAAGCGCAAGAGUACAAUAUUGAUGAUCCUGUUUUAAGUAAUCUUCAAAGCAAUUUGGCGUCGGAUAGUCAGGGCAGUCAGGCAUCAAUCUCUAAAGACAUGCAACCGUAUAAUUCGGUAGAAAAAAAAGGAUUUAAACAUUUACUUUCCGUCCUCUGUCCUAGUUUUGAACCUCCUAGCCGAAAAUAUUAUUCUGACUAUAAAAUUCCUCAAUCAUACGAAGACGUAAAAAAUUGCAUUAAGGAAAAAUUAAAAGGUGUAUCGUAUCUUGCCCUCACAACUGAUUGUUGGACAUCAGGAAAUGGUCAUCCAUUUAUUGGAUUAACAGCCCAUAUUAUAAAUGAGGAAUGGGAAUUCAAAAGUUUUUGUUUGGCAUGCACUUCUUUGACUAUCGACCAUAAUAGUUUUAAUAUUAAAAAUAGUAUCAAGCAAAUAUUACAUGACUGGGAUAUUGACGAAUCUAAGAUCGCAGGCAUCACCACAGAUUGUGGAUCAAAUAUUUUAAAGGCUGUUGAACUAAUGUCAUUUAACCAUGUUUCUUGCUUUGGACAUGUUUUAAAUACUGGUGUUACAAAUGCAUUUUCCUUACAACCUGUUAAAUAUUGUACUGAAAAUGCAGUAAAAGUAAGAUCUGUUUUCCACUACAGUUCCAAAAUGAAACGUGCAUUAUUAAAUGAACAGACAAAUUUAGAUCUUCCUCCUCUAGUUCCACCGUCUUCGUCUGACACUCGUUGGUGGUCACUACUUCCAUGUUUAAACUUUUUAUAUACACAGAAUGAAGCGUUGAAAAAAAUUUUAAUAUGCACUAAACACCAACAAAUGUUACCCACUUUUAACCAGUUGAAGUUAAUUGAACGUAUAUUACAUAUAAUGGAUCCUUUAAAACAGUUGGGUGAAGCUUUAGCAUCAGAAACUAAGGUUACCAUUUCAGGAUUAUGUGUUAAUUUAGAAACGGAUAGUGUUCAACUGUUUGACAACACUGAAGACAUUCAUUUUGAUAAAAAUAUAUUGCUAGAAGAAUCUUCUACUUUUUUUUCUCAAAUAAAUUAUGAUACCGAAGAAGAUGGUGAUACAGAUGAAACUUUAAAUAUAGAACUAUCGCAAGCACUCAAUCACGUAGAACUCUUAAUAACAGAUACUAUAUUUGAAAAAUUAUCUAAACGCUACUUUGAAGACUUUAAAACAAAACAAUUGAUACAAUUAGCAUCGUUUUUAGAUCCCAGAUAUAAAGCGUAUUGCAUAGCUUUAUUUUUAAGCAAAAAUGUACCUUCUGAAUCAACAUUAAAUGACCAAAAUAUUUUUGAGGCGGAAAUCGAAAAAUAUAUUCAAAUUCCCAAAGCAGACCUAGAUUCAGACUCUCUUGCUUGGUGGAAAAUAUAUAAAUCAGAGUUUCCGAAUUUAUCUUUAUUAUCAAGAAAAUAUUUAUGUAUACAAGGCACUAGCGUACCUUGUGAAAGAUUGUUCAAUUAUGGAGGUAACGUAAUUACUGAUAAACGUACAUCAUUGUCAGCGGAACAUGCUGAACAACUAAUAUUUUUAUCAAAAAAUUCUCAUAUGAUAGUUGAUAGUUAA